GCCAUGUAAGGGACUAUGCUGCCCACCACAGGCUAUUAUAGGAGGGCAGGAGAUAAGAUUGGUCCAUACAUAAAACCCACCCCGGUAUCACACCUCUGCUGGCAGUCCACACACGAUCAUUCAGACAUGGCGAGUAAGAAGGCCUCCAACAAGAGACAGAGGGGACAGAAGUCCUGCUCCAACGUCUUCUCCAUGUUCGAGCAGAGCCAGAUUCAGGAGUUCAAGGAGGCCUUUGGUUGUAUCGACCAGGACAGAGACGGUGUGAUCAAGAAACAAGACCUGAAGGAGACGUAUGGACAGCUGGGGAAGCUCAAUGUCAAUGACGAGGAGUUGGAGGAGAUGCUGAACGAGGGGAAAGGGCCCAUUAACUUCACCGUGUUCCUGUCUCUGUUUGGAGAGAAACUUAAUGGUACCGAUCCUGAGGACACCAUACUUGCUGCCUUCAAACUAUUUGAUCCCAAUGGCACAGGCUUUGUCAACAAGGACGAGUUUAGACGAUUACUGAUGAACCAAGCUGACAAGUUCACAGCUGAGGAGGCGGAUCAAGCCUUCUCUCUCGCUCCCAUUGACCCGUCUGGUAACAUCGACUACAAGUCGCUCUGCUACAUCAUCACACAUGGAGAUGAGAAGGAAGAAUCCUAAUAAGCCAGAGGCUGCUCACCCUGGAGACCUGCUGUGGGCUAACUGUGUUGUCAGGUCGUCUAAACCUGCUGAUGACAGGGUGUUAAAUGUUUGGUUGGUAACAUUCAGAUAAAUUAAUAAAAGAUAGAAUAAUGUUGGAAUCAUUCAUCAGCUCAUUUGUUUGUAUUCUCUGAGAAUAAAGCAGUGGUUCCUCAAAA